CAAUUAAAGCCUAACUACCUGUACACAAUUAUUUUCAUAUUAUAUACCAGUAUAUCUUGGAUCACGGAUUUCUUUCCCCGCCAUUUCCUCUCUCUCACUUUUACACUCUCCCAAGUUAGCUUCUACUCCUAUAAAAAUGUCAACUCAUUUUCUUCAUCUCUAUGCUUGAAAAAAUCGUCAAAAAUGUCAAUUUCUUCAUUUUCUUCUUCAUCAAUGGCGUGUUUUUCACCGCCAUUGUCGACACGCCGUUCUCUCCUGCCUUCUCCGGCGCUCAAUUUCGGUCCGGCCGAUCAGCUCACUUUUCGAAAGGCGAAAUUGAUAAGUAACAGUGCUCGUAGCUUGAGCAGAGUUAAGUGUAAGGAUGAGAAAGAUGAGGAUCAUGAUGUUGUUAGCGUCUCUGAUACUACUCACCACCAGUUGCAGGAGCGAGAUUUUUCUGGCACCCCAUAUGUUCCUGUUUAUGUUAUGUUACCACUUGAAAUCGUUAAUAUGGAGUGUGAACUGGUUAAUGCUGAUGAUCUGCUAAAUCAAUUAAAAAUCUUGAAGUCACAAAAUGUUGAUGGGGUUAUGGUUGACUGCUGGUGGGGCAUAGUGGAAGCUCACACUCCUCAACAAUAUAAAUGGAAUGGCUACAAGAAACUUUUCCAGAUUGUACGGGAUCUUAAUCUUAAAAUACAGGCUGUUAUGUCAUUUCAUGAAUGUGGAGGCAAUGUUGGUGAUAAUGUUCAUAUUCCACUUCCGCAAUGGGUGACAGAAAUCGGUCAAGGAAAUCCAGACAUAUAUUUCAGGAAUAGAGAAGGAACAAGCAACUCUGAAUGCCUCACUUGGGGCGUUGACAAAGAAAGAGUUCUGAGAGGUCGGACUGCUGUUGAGGUUUACUUUGAUUACAUGAGAAGCUUUCGAGUAGAAUUUGAUGAGUUCUUUGCUGGUGGGAUCAUAACUGAGAUUGAAAUUGGGUUAGGUCCAUGUGGAGAAUUACGAUAUCCAUCAUAUCCAGCUAAGCAUGGUUGGAGGUAUCCGGGCAUUGGUGAAUUUCAGUGUUAUGAUCAGUAUUUAAUGAAGAGUCUGGAGCAGACGGCAGAAGCAAGAAAACUUGCAUUUUGGGGCAAGGGACCAGAAAAUGCAGGCUCUUACAAUUCCAGCCCACAUGAAACAAGAUUCUUUUGUGAUGGAGGAGACUAUGAUAGCUACUAUGGGAGAUUCUUCCUUAACUGGUAUUCUCAGGUUCUUGUUGACCAUGGUGAUCGAGUACUUGCUCUGGCGAACCUGGCAUUUGAAGGGACUCCAAUUGCUGCUAAGCUAUCAGGUAUACAUUGGUGGUAUAAAACAGCCAGUCAUGCUGCAGAAUUAACUGCUGGGUUUUACAACCCCUGUAACCGGGAUGGUUAUGCUCCAAUAGCAUCAAUGCUAAAAAAGCAUGGAGCUGCCCUAAACUUUACAUGCGUUGAGCUGCGUACACUAGACCAACACGAAGACUUUCCAGAGGCACUUGCGGACCCUGAGGGAUUAGUUUGGCAGGUAUUAAAUGCUGCCUGGGAUGUUGAUAUACCUGUUGCAAGUGAGAAUGCUCUUUCUUGCCAUGAUAGAGAAGGAUACAACAAAAUAUUGGAAAAUGCCAAGCCCCUAAAUGAUCCAUAUGGGAGGCAUUUAUCUGCCUUUACAUACCUACGGCUCAGCCCCUUGCUACUUGAAAAACACAAUCUAACAGAGUUCGAAAGAUUUGUCAGGGGAAUGCAUGGGGAAGCAGUCCUAGAUGUGCAAUCAGCUACUGACUAAACAAACUACCUCCACUUGACUAGAUCCUGUUUGCUACUUACCUCUUAGAUACCGACUGGCUGUGCCUCCAUAGCAAGAAAGAGUAAAAUCCUAUAUGUCCAAUGGCAAUUCAUAGGAAAAUGAUUAAUACCAAAAUAGGAAAAGAGGAAAAUGAGGUUUGGGAGAGGAGCACCUAUGAUUUUUGUUCUUGUUGUAUUUUACCUUGAAAAAGUUGAACAAUUGUCAUACUUCAUAGAGUUCUUUAUAAAUCUAUGAGGAAGCUUGUUGAGAUAAAUUGUAUGUUGAUUGUUGGCUAUAUCAUAUAUGUUUGUUGUUCAGUUUGUCUCAGUAAUGCAAUCCUGUUUUUGCUUUAUUUUUUUA